GACGUCACGAGCAAAAACAAGGACCACAGGCGAAAGCUAGCUCCGUUAGAUGCUCAACGCUCAUGAAAUUGAUUAACGUUACGUUAACUUCGGUUACUGAUAAACACGAGGGUAAAAAGGUAAACAUCUCAGGCGGGAAUAUGGUUUUUAUAGCUCGCAGCUUUGUCCGUUUUGUUGACGGUUUGUCGCUGCUAACGUUAGCGAGCUAAGAAGUCACUUUAGCUAUCUGGCUAGGUGACAAUUUAGAUUAACAUGAAGGCUUUUCGUGUCAACAAAUAGCUUGUUGGACAGAGUUAGUCCAACCUUUGAACGUGUAUAAUUCAAUGAAUAUGUGUUAGUAGUUCUGUAUCUGAAAUACCAACAACAACAAGUGGGUGUGUAGCCUAGAUAAUGGUGCGCAACGUAAACAACCUGUGGUAGCAUUUUCCCAGAAAGGAUUUCUUCUCCAUCACUUUUAUUUUCUCCAAACGCGGGAUUUUGGUCGCCACAGCUCAUGAUGGCGGACCUGGACACCCUGAUUGUCACCUUCCAGACCCAGCUGUCGGAUGUGAUGGAGACGGUGGUGAAGACAGCCAUGUAUGAGGUCACCAGGCUGGUGGAGGACGGCUUCUUGGAGGAGGUGCAGCGCAGGAACCGGGAGGUGGAGACCCUGAGGAGGCAGCUGCAGCGGGCCGAGAGGAAACUAAGUGAGCAUAAAGGAGCCAAAUCUGGUCGGUGUGUUGACUGUGCAAAGGAGGAUGUGGAGCUGUGCUGUGAAGCUGCAGGAGAAAGGCCCAGAGAGCAACAGGAUGACAUGUUUGGGUCCUGUGUGAAAGAAGAGGGUGAAUGUGUGGACAGGUGGGCACUAAGCCACAAACAGGAAGUCAUCCCAGAGUCCACACAGGCACCAGACAGUCCUUCAUCCACCAACAGCCCUGAGAGGAAAUCUGAGACAACAGAUGAAGAAGACGUGUUGCCAGCCGCAGAUGUGAAGCUAGAGGAAGUGAAUAAGCCGUCUUGCUCUUCUGUACGUUGGAGCGCUCCUCUUGAUGGUGAAGCAGGAUCUGAAUCCUGCAGCGCUGCUGAUAUGACUGAGGUCCAACAGAACCAGACCCAAGAGAACAGCGAGGAACUGUUGAGGGAUGUUAUCAAGCAAGACCUGCAGAUCUCCGCUCCGUAUGUUUUCUCUGAAGACCAGGAGGAAACCUACAUGGCUACAGAUCCAUCUUUAGAGGGGGACGGUGCUUGGGCUGAUCUCACUGUCACAACAGCUGGAUUACUGCAGAACAACAGACUCGCAACAGAAAAGGAGUGUGAUCCAGCGAAAAGCAGAGGACCUCUGAAGCAAACAGAACACGAGCUGUCCAGCUGUGUCACAGCAGAUGUGGAUACAGCCAGCAGGGAUCAGAUGUCAGCGUCAGCGUCCCCUCAGGCAAGACCGCCAAACAGCGAGGCGCUGGGUGUGACUAUCAAACAGGAAGUUAUUGUCGAUUCUGAUGAGUGCGUGGAGAGUCAGCGUAAAGAAAAGAAACCGACAAAGACUACGGCGUCUAUGGCGUCUUUCUCAGUAAAACAGCACAGAUUGAGCUCCGAAGCACUUAAACAGAACCAUAUUUCCCAAAAAGCAACAGUGCAAGAGACUCAUAUGAAGCUGCAUCCCAAAGCGGGUUCAGGUCUCAGGUUGCACGCGGCGAUCCAGCACCUCCACCGGCCCAUGAAGAAGAUCUCCCACACACACUCACACAGCACCAGCACAACACUUCCUGUAGCUCACUCAAACCUAAAUCCUCUCACCCGAACUCCCUCAACAUCCAAAGCCGCUCCUCCUCCUCCUCCUCCCCCUCCUCCUCCUCUCUCUGCUAACCGAACUAGCGCCCCGUGGGUUAGCAUCAAAACACACCUGACUGCAAACUCGCACCACGCCAACCCGUUGCCCCACCCGGACUCCCACCCCCACGCCGGCCCCAGGCACCUCCUGCGCUGCGGCCAGUGUGGGAAGUGUUUCCCCCACCCCAGCAACCUGAAGGCCCACCUGCAGACUCACACGGGCGAGCGGCCGUUCUGCUGCUCGCUCUGCGGCCGCAGCUUCACAAAGCUGAGCAACCUGAAGGCCCACCGGAGGGUUCACACGGGAGAGAGACCCUACUGCUGCUUGGCUUGUGGCAAGCGCUUCACUCAGAAAUGUAACCUGAAACGACACCAGAGGAUCCAUCUGGAUGUAUGAUGACGGCCAGACAGUGAGAACAAAGUGUGGUGUGUUUGUGUCUUUUAGAUUAAAGGGACAGUUUGAAUUUAUUCGAGUUAUUGGGGUUGUAUGAGGUACUUAUCCGUAGGCCUGUCACGAUAACACAUUCUUUAGGACGUAGGGUUGUCACGAUACUAAAAUUUUCAACUCGAUUCCGAUACUCAGGAAAAUAUUCGAUACUUGAUACCAUUUUCGAUACCACAGGGAUAAAAACAAACACCCCAAAAUUUAACAGAAAUGUUUUUAUUAAAAAGAAAAAUGCAACAGAACCACAGGUUAAAUAUUUAUAAUUAAAAACAGUUGUGCAAAAAGAAACUGCAACUAUGAUAACAAGCUUCAGGUCUGAGUUAGUGCAAAAAAUACAAUAAACAAUAACAAUUAUAACAAUAUUUUGAGGUUGUAUGCUGUGCAAAAGUAUCGGUACUUUUGAAAAUGAGUAUCGUAUCCGGAUACAAUGUUUUAGUAUUGAUUUUUUUUUGAGUAACCCUAAACGAUAGUGUUGUGGAGACACAAUGAUUUUUUUAAUCCCAAGAAUAUUAAAUAUUGGAAUUGAAAUGUGGAAAAUAAAUAUUAAAACAUCCUAGAUAAAUAAAACAUAAAUAAAUAAACUACGAUCAAAACAAAUACAAUAAACUCACGGGCCCUGAGAUAAAUAUUAUAGUAUUAUAUAUUAUAAAUAAUAUGUAUAAACAGCUGUUUAUACAUUUGCAGUAUCACUGAAAAAGCACAAAAAGUCUGCGUUAUAAUGCGUCCACUGAAAGAGAGGGGUGGCUCCUUUAAGAGGCACGACAGUCAGUGCUAACAGGCUAACAGUUAGCUCUGGAGCAGUACAGUGUGUAUGUGCUGCUCCUGCAGGAGGUGUUCACUUAGCGACCUCUGUUUGUUUACAACAACACUCUGUGCACGGUUAGUGAGUCCACAAAAACUACCGCAUCCAUUUUUAUACAUCAAACGAUAAGUCGAUAUAUUGACUAUAUCGUGACAGGCCUACUUCUCCAUAGUCAUACUUAAAAAAGAUGGCGGUCGGCACAGCUGUUUCUUGGAGAAGCCAACUGAAGUAAUGGCAAAGAAGCUAAACAAUUUACUGUACGAGGCAGCAGCUACUUUAGCUACCUGAAACAAUCUUAAGUUUAAGUUUACGCUACAUUGAGAAUAUUUCCACCGCUUUGCCUUGCCAUCACAGUCCUUUUUAUGUUUAAACCGGAAAAUUAAAGCUGGUCUAUGUUCUCAUCAAAGCCACCAGACUCUAUUGACAAAAACAAUAAGUAAUAUUACCUUUUAGAACACAGGAGUUCCUGGUCAACCACUAACGUUGGUGGGUUAGUUUGUGUGAAUUAUUGUGUACUAAGGUGUGAGAGUACUUCUCCAGAGACUGUGGUUUAGUCAAAAAUGUAAUACAUGGUAUGCACAUGGUUUUCUUGAUAAUAACCAAAAUCAUUAUCAGUUGUGUCUUUUUAUUGGUCAUUAUGCGGCUUUUUUGGUUGAUUUGUCUUUUUUUGGUCAAUUUGUGUCUUUUUUUUUUUUGGUCAUUUUACGUCUUUUUUUUUUGUUGGUCAUUUUACGUCUUUUUGGUCAUUUUGUAUUCUUUUUUGGUCAUUUUACGUCUUUUUGGUCAAUUUGUGUCUUUUUUGGUUAUUAUGAUUUUGGUUAUUAUCAAGAAAACCAUGUUAAAUAUCUAGAUAUCAGCUAUGAAUUAUUUUUAUUGUUAUCGUUAUAUUUGUCCAAAAAAAUGUACCAGGCAUUAAAAUGAACAAGAAAUUAAAGAAAAAGGGUGUUCUAAUAAUUUUUUUCAUGACUGUAGGUCAUCAGCCUCAAAAAUCCCAUAUCAGUCUGUUCCUAAUAAGACAAACUGAUUGCUGCAGCGGUAAACCACCAACUAGCAUGUUCUGCUAAGUCAAAUGUGGCUUUGAUGAGUGCUAAGAUAACAGCGUGCUGACAGGGCGGUCUCAUGGCAAGGUAAAGCAAUGAAAAUACUCCAAAUAUAGCAUACACUUAAACUGAUAUUGAUUUUUUUAGGUGACUAAAAUAUGUCCAGCUACUACUUUCAUCCACAGCAGUUCAGUGCUUCUCUUUCUGCUUCUCCACACUGGGGCUGUGCUGAUCGCCAUCUACUGUUUACAGGUACAUCUCAAAAAAUUAGAAUAUCAUGAUGAUGUUCAAUAUUUUUUGUCAAUCAUUUCAGAAAGUGAAACUCAUACAAUAUAUAGAUUCAUUACACAGAGAGUGAAAUAUUUCAAGCCUGUUUUUCUUGUAAAUUUGUAAUUUUUUUUUCUUAAAUUUGUCAUAUUUCUCAUGAAUUUUUAGAUUUUUUUUCUCAUAAAUUUGUAUUUUUUUGUCUUGAAUUUUUGAAUUUUUCUCUUAAAUUUAUGUUUUUUUUUCUCUUAAAUUUGUGAUUUUUUUCUCACAAAAUUUGUGAUUUUUUUCUCAUACAUUUUAGAUUUUUUCUCUUAAGUUUGUGAAUUUUUUUCUCUUAAAUUUGUGAUGUUUUUUCUCUUUAAAUUUGAAUUUUUUUACCGUAAAUUUGAGAAUUUUUUUUCUCAUAAAUUUGUUAUUUGUUUUUUCUUGUAAUUUUGAUGAUUCUGGCUUAGAGAAAAUAGAAUAUUGCUGGUCAGUGUAAUAUGCUGGUCCUGGGUCAAUGGUGGUUUGGGGCCAUGUCCUCUGCUGGUGUUGGUCCACAGUGUUUCCUGAAGUCCACAGUCAACAUAGCAGCCAUCUAGCAGGACAUUUUAGCGCUCUUCAAAAGCAACAUGGUGCUGUAGGCUGAUUUCUAUUGGCCAAAAUAUGCCACCAGAAACUGAAUUAGAAUCACAUCAUUUGAAUUUGUAUUGUUCAAUUUGAAUGAUUGCAUUUAAAAACUGAAUCUGAAUUGUAAUUUGAAAUUUAAUUAAUUAGUUUGGAUCUGAACAUUCAGUUCUAACAAUUCAAAUCCAGUUCGCAAAAUUCAAUUUAAAUUUUCUUGUAACAUUUGUUGCCACCCGGUUGCCAUAGCACCUCUUCGGCCAAUCCGUGGUCAAGCUAAUCUAACUUUUUCCUCCGUUUCAUGGCAAGUGGCAACCGGGUGGCAACAAAUGUUACAAAAGAAAACGGAGGUGCUGAUUGGCCGAAGAGGCGCUAUGGCAACCGGGUGGCAACAAAUGUUACAAAAGAAAACGGAGGUGCUGAUUGGCCAAAGAGGCGCUAUGGCAACCGGGUGGCAAAAGAUGUUACAAAAGAAAACAGAGGUGCUGAUUGCCAAAGAGGCGCUAUGGCAACCGGGUGGCAACAGAUGUUACAAAAGAAAACGGAGGGGCUGAUUGGCCGAAAAGGCGCUCUGCCUCAACUACCCGGAUGUUCGUCGCAGAAAAUUGAAAUUGAAUUUUGCGAACUGAAUUUGAAUUGUGAGAACUGAAUGUUCAGUUCCAAACUAAAACAUUCAAUUUCAAAUAACAAUUCAGAUUUAGUUUUUCAAUGCGAUGAUUCAAAUUGAACAAUACAAAUUAAAAUUAUAUGAUUCAAAUUCAGUUUCUGUCGGCAGAUAUUUCAGCCCAUAGAUCUCCUCCAUGCCACCAAGUAUUCAUGCAGUAAUUCAUGCAAAAGGAGCCCAACCAAGUAUUGAUGUAUAGAAAUGAACAGACUUAUCAGAAGCCUGACAUUUAUGUUUAAAAUAUCCUUUUUCUUUAUUGAUCUUAUGUAAUAUUCUAAUUUUCUGAGACACUGAGUUUUGUGUUUUCAUUAUCUCUAAGCCAGAAUCAUCAAAAUUACACGAAAAACAGGCUUGAAAUAUUUCACUCUACGUGUAAUGAAACUAUAUAAUGUAUGAGUUUCACGUUCUGAAAUGAUUGACAAAAAAUAUUGAACUUUUUCACAAUUUUUUGAGAUGUACCUGUAUGUAUGUACAUGUACCUCAUUCCUCACAGUUCCAUAAGUCCAAACUAUCCCUUUAAGAUGCUUUAAGUGUUUCUUUUGCAAUGUUUGAGAUUGCAAAAAUGCUUCUUGUGUACACGUCUGUUGAAGUGAUCGUCCCGAGUUCUUCUGUGCAUUCCAGAUGAUUCAUCUAGUAACUUAUUGUCGUGUUAUUAAAGAACGGAGAGUAGCGUGUUGUGAAUCAUGCACAGCCGUAGGUCAGCUGUCAGUUGGUCAAUAAAUAUUUAUUCUGUGAAUACAAGUCAAACUGAUUGUUCUUUUUUAUCAAAUGCAAAUGAAACUCCACAAUUCAACACAAUGGAAACGCAGCAUGAGUCUUUCUGAUGAUGGAUCAUAUUUAUCAACCUGCUGAAAGGAACAUUUUAGACUUGGGUUGAGUAAUAAAAGGAAAUAUUCUUCACUUUAAUUUAAACUCAAACGUAAGUGUAAAUUAUUUACUGAAUUAAUUACAUCUUGAAAAUACUUUUAUGGAAUUAAAUAAAGCUCCAGAGGGAGAUGGAAACAGGAGAGAAAACAUAUUCAUCAUGACUUCUGAAUAAUACAUUAGUGGUGGCUACUUUUAGCCUAUUUUUAUUUCAUUGAAACCACUUUUUAUUAAAGAAUUUAUCUAUUUAUUUGGAGUUUCUAUUUUGAUUAAUAUAUUAUUUGAUCCCUAUAUCUAUGUAUUUAUAUGUUCACAUGUUAAUUGCUGAAUAUAUUAAGGAUAAAAAUAUAGAUUUUUUUGUA